UUUAGCUUAUCCACUUCAGUUUGUGUUUUCCAUUUUUUCGGUUACCUUUCUAUCUGAUUUUGAUUUACUUUUGAUAAUCAACAGUCUCACAAUUGAUUAAUUACUUGAGCUAAUUAAUUCUAAAUGAAAUCAGUUUAAUCUGUUUUCGCUUCUCAGAUCAGGUUAAUCUCCUUAUUCUUGGUUUUGUUUUGGUUUUGGUUUUUUCUUCUCUCUCUUAUCCAUUUUUGCUUUUGUUGUUGUUGUUUUUUUGCUUCUCUUUAUUUAUAUCAACAUGAUAACUAAUCUUCGUUUGUCUGGUGAUUAUGAUUAUCGUCAAUUGAACUAUUCUGUCUGUAGAUAAAGUAAAAUCUACUCGAGAAUUGAUAUCUCAUUGUCUAUAAUUUUCUGAUUCAUCUUUUGUUUGAUCAGACUUACAAUUCCAGUGACUAAUAAUCAAUUUGUUUUCUUCAUCUUCUUCUGCUGUUGCAAAGGAAAAAAAAGGAAUUUACUUUUUGUUUCUCUAUAAUAAUACCAAAGAUAUGAAAAAAUGUUCCAAUUGAUUGUAUUUACCAAAAGGACUUGAAAUGUGGUUAAAUUAUUAUUAUCCAAAUUCAUUGAAUUCUAUUGAUUGUCUUGUUCUCUCCUUUAUGACAAAGUGACCAGUGUUUUCUGGUUUUCAGUUGACCAUCGAGUUGAUUUCAUCCAUUUUAUUGAUUUGAUUGAUUUAAAAGGUGUAAACAAGACCAUCGAGUUAAAGACUUGGUGGUUCUUGUUUAAUUGAUCGCAUGUGAAUGAGACCAAUUUGUUAUUACAUGUUGACCUCCCUAUGGAAGAGGAAACCGUUACUUUUGGCCAUUGUGAUGGUCGCAUCUUUCACCGUGAUCGCCCUUCAGUACAAUAGUGUCUCUGAUUCAAAGAGAAACAGUCUCGAUCCUCAAAUAUCUUCUUCUUCAUUCAACCCACACUCAACCAGGAAUAAUGUAAACUCCUACUCUCAGGAUAGUCAAUCAUUACCAAGGAGAAAUCUAUCAGCUCUUGGAUUAGAUAAUGGAAAUAUUAAUCAUAACAAAACAACCACAAUCAGAAUGAGAAUGAGAAUGAAUGAAGAUGAUCCAAAUAACUUGAGUGAUGGUGGAGAUUCAAGUGAUAAAAGACAAUCAAAUUCACCAGUUUCAUCUUCAUCAAUCGCUGCUCCUUAUGAAUCUUUUGGUGGAAAAUAUUCUCAUUUAUUUACAUCGGAAGAUAAGAAUUCAAGAAUCAAAAAGGACGGAGAGAGAAACAGUUAUUAUGUUCCUCCAUUUAGAUUGGUUCACUUCGACCUGAAAGGAGCCCCACCAAAGAUGAGUUACCUCAAGUCGAUACUCGAACUGGUAAAAGAGGCCGGGGCCACUGGUAUUCUCGUUGAGUAUGAGGACAUGUUCCCAUACGAAGGCUAUUUAAGUGAUAUCUCGGCAAAAAAUGCUUACACGAAACAAGAAAUUGAUCUGUUACUCAAGACGUCGGAACAACUUGGUUUGGAUGUGAUUCCUCUUAUUCCGACCUUUGGACACAUGGAAUUUGUUCUUAAAUCGCCCAAAUUCCGGCACCUUCGAGAAUAUGAUCCAUAUCCAAUGGCUUUGUGUCCUUCUCAAAACGAAACUUUUUUUCUCAUCCAACAAAUGGUCGAUCAAAUCAUGUCCGCUCAUCCCAAUAUCAAAUGGCUUCACAUUGGUUGUGAUGAAGUCUUUCAAAUAGCCUAUUGUGACAAAUGUCGAAACUCCGAUCGGGACACUCUUUUCCUUAAUCAUGUAAUUAAAGUUGCCAAAUACGUGAGGUCUAAACACUCAGUUAUCCCCAUCGUUUGGGACGAUAUGUUGAGGAACAUGUCACCAGAAAGGUUAAAGGAAAGUAAAAUUGGUUCUCUGGUCGAACCGAUGAUCUGGACUUAUGUCAAGGACAUUUAUCGUUUCAUUCCCUACCCAACGUUCACCUACUUUGCCGACACUUUUGACAAUGUUUGGGCUGCAAGUGCCUUUAAGGGAGCCUUUGGUGAGACCCUUACAGUGCCCAAUGUCAAGAUGCACCUGGAAAACAACGAGGGCUGGCUCGAAGUGAUGGCCGAGCAACAUGGACACUUUAAAUCUUUCAGAGGAAUCGUGGUGACGGGUUGGCAAAGGUACGAUCACUUGGGUACUCUUUGUGAACUCCUUCCUUCGGGACUACCUUCGCUCAUCAUUGAUCUCAUCACCUUAAAAAAUGGACACUUUGAUGUGACCAAAGUGUUUAAAGAGUUUGACAAAAUAAUGAAAUGUUCAUCUUCAUCUUCAUACUCUAACAAUAACAAUCAAUAUGGUUACCGUGAAGAAAGUAACAUGAUUGGUUCAAACAAUGGAAACACCAAUGGAUUUGACUUUGAAUCGGAUCCUUAUUUGUACAAUCGAGCCUCUAAUUGCUUAUUCCCUGGAUCAUCAAUCUUCAAGAUGACACAAACUGUCGCCGAUGCCGUUAAACGUGUAAACGAUUACAUUUACGAUGUGACCAUUCACAAGGCCUGGCUAACGGACUAUAAUGUGCGUCAUAAUGUUUCUAAUCCUUAUCGAGUAGACGAAGGGCUAGAACAACAUAGUAAUGUGCACUUUUUGUUGACUUCUGCUCUUCGAUCUGCAUCCUCAUCACUUCGAGAAGCUUUCGAUGAAUUCACGGUGAAUGAAUGGAUAGAACAAAAUAUUUAUCCCUAUCUUCUUAAAAUGGAAAAAGUUCUAAAAGAUGGAGAAAAUCUAAAGAAAUCUAAAGUUUGGCCUCGAAGACCUUAUCCUCCUCUUCCUGAUAUGAAACGAUUUGGAUUAUGAUUAAACGAAGAGCAAUAAUGAAUAACCAAACUUACUCUUAAUUUUAUCGUUUACUUUCAAUCGAUAAUUAAGCUUGAAGCUAAUGAUACAACAUUUUAUCAUUUCCAAUAUAAAUACAUCGAUGUGUAAUAAUUGAACCUCAACCAGUUCCCACCAAAACCAUCACCUACUUUAUAAUAAUCUAAAUUAUCAAAUAUAAAGAGAGAAUCGUUUGUAAAACCAAAUACAAUAGUUACUGAUACAUAAGGAAAAGGAAACUAUUUUCAAUUUCUCUCUCUCAUUCUAAAUUUAUCUCUCCAUUUCUGGUUUCCAGCAUCAUUAUCAUCACCCAAACAAUCAUUAUCCAUGCUACUGUUUAGAUGAACGGAACAAAAAGUCUAAAAGGAAUACAGGAACAAUCGAGCAAGAGGUCAAAUCAUCUCACAAACUCCAAAAUCACAAUCAUAACCCUUGUGUCCAGAUAAUCCAACACAUUAGGGGAACAUUAUCAUCACCUCUCAUCCUAAUCAACUUAAUCAUCUCAUCAGUUAAUCUUACAAUCAGUUGGUGAAGAAAAAAAAAUCUCUAUUGUUCUUGGAGAUUUGAUGUCAAUUACUCUUGUUUAACUGAUAUUCUGUUGAUACACUUGCAAAGUCACACAAAUUGUCUCACUUUCAAAGUCUAUGUUAGUGUUGAUCACCCUAGUGGAACUGAUUUUGUGAGUUUAGUGAUUAAGGUGACGGAGAACAAUUUAAAAGCAAAUUAAUUUCAACAUUUGACGAAAAAGAGAAAAGAAAAGAAACUGAAAAAAGUGAAAAUGAUUCUAAACAACGGGAAAAGGAGAGAUAAUAUCAUGAAGAAUCAGUGAACAAUGAAGAGACAAUUAAAGGGAAAGAGUUGAUUAUUAUUCUAUUCUUAUUAAUAUUAAUAGAACACGAUAACUAUUAUUAUCUUUCCAUAGAAUUCUUUUAAAGGAUUCGUUCAUUGUCACCAAAGAAUAAGACCAUAGGUUAUGAAAAGAAAAGUAUCAAGAUUUAGAUGUUUUUUCUUCUUUCGUCAUCAUUUACCUGAUUCCAUCUUCUAAGAUGAGUUAAUCUCUCUCUCUCUCAAUGAUUAAUCCUUAAGUCACAUCGCAACUUUUUUAAUCUCAUCACUUGAUUGAUCCAAACUCAUCAAUCACCAUUGACAUUUAUAAUUACCAUUUUCAUUCAUUGUAAAUGUCAUCAUCAUCUUCCUCAUCAAAGUCUCUCAAAUGUAGUGUGAGUAAUUAAUUGUGACAAUUAACUGCAUAUUGUUUAAUUUACUCUUAUUUAAAUCGCGAAGAGAAAAAAAAACCUCAACCAUUAUAAAGGAAAAACAAUUUUAUUCCCAAUCAAGGAUGAAAUUAUUGACAAUUAACCAACUGCAAUCAACUAAAAGGCAACCAAGUCUUAAUUGUUUACCAAAAAAACAUCCAAUUAAUUAAAUUGUUGUAACUCCUUUCUCUCUCUCUCUCGGUGUUAAUUAUCUUAAUAUUUUGUAAACAACUUUCACCUCUUGUCAUUUAAUUUAAUUGCUGUUCUCUCAAUCAAUAUAAAUGCAUAACUGAUA